CGCGCGUUCUAUGUUUUUUAAUAGCUUCAUUCCCAAAAAAAUAAAAACCCCGCCUGAUGCAUCUCCUCCUUCUCGUUGUAAAACCUUUACCUGAGAAACCCUAAUAGAAUUAUUCGGCUGUGACUCUCUCCCCCUUUCGUAUUUUUGGACCUUUCCAACCAUACGAAGGUCAAAGGCAUCAACUAUCCUCUUUUAUCCACCAUUUCUCCCUCUCAAACGUUAAAGACGCGCCAUCCCAAAAUUGGAAGAACUAGGGCUUUUGUGCUCUGGACCUCACGAGCCACAAGUUUUCCUCAUCCCUACCCUUACCCAUCCGUAUUCCUUCCUUUUCAGUUGACUAUAUGUUCUCGCCUCUCAAUCGUACCCGAAUCAAUAUCUAUGUCUCUCUCGUGUCUAUUCUCUCAAUAUUUCUCGGGCUUUCCUAUUUACCACCAGAGUUUGAGAGCAAAAAUAGAAAAAUAGAAAAAUAGAAAAAGAAAAGAUGUGCCCCUUCUUCCUCUUUUCCUCCUCUAGUUCGAUCACAACCCUUCUUCUCCAAUCUUAUAUUUUUUUUUUCGAUUUGCAGGUGAUGGUGUGAGGUGGCGUUUGAAGGCUGUGAAGGGGUUAUGAAGAGAUCAUGGCUGGUGAUUGUUCGGUGAUGGAGAAAUAAGGGUGUGUUUGUGUGGGUGAUUAAAAACUUUCACAAAAUCCAAGUGCAGAAGCCCUCAAAUCAUAAACUUUAAGAGGGGAAAAGGAAGAAAAGAAAAGAACAGUGAACCGAGAAUCAGGAAAAAAAGCGGAGAGAUAAGCAAAUCCAUGUAAAUUGUUCGGUGAUGGAGAAAUAAGGGUGUGUUUGCCGAUUGUUCCUUUGUAUAUUCGUGUUCGUCACUCUUUCUCUCAUAUUCUUAUUCAUUUGCAUUCCCUAGUAAAUUCUCAUUAUCCUAAUAAUGAACUUAAAGCUAAAGAGUAAUUUUAGUUUUCCGAUUGUGUUCAUGUUGGGUGAUUUGAUUAAUAUGUAUAUUGGGUUUUAUUUCAUUCCUGUGAACUUUAGGGUUCUCGGUUCAUGAGUGCAGAGCAAACAACACAUACCCAUUCAUGUUCUCAUCUAGUUUAACGUUACAUUUCAUUCAACAUUCACUCUUCCUGGUUCAGAUAUUUUUGGUGGCUAUAUGAUUUCUAAUAUUUUUUUUUCACUGGAUGAAGUUUGAUUGCAGAAUUUGGACAAAAGGAGCAUGUUGGUUGAGAUAUUUCUAGAGUAAGGUUUAAAUUUGUGAUGGUUUAUGGUGUCUCUAGGGGAUCUUCUCAAGGAAAAGAAAAAGAAGCCAAGGUCUUAAGUAUGAUACAUGGCCCUCUUUCAUCAAGAUUGUCACCAUCAAAGCUUGAAGAACGGGAUUUGUACUUCCACAAGCUAAAACUUAACUUUGAAACAACUCUGAAACAUCGUGGUGGGCCCUCCAUAGUAUCUGCCCACUCUUUCGGUAACAAUGUUUUUCGUUGCUUUUUGGAGUGGCUGAAGCUAGAAUUUGCCCCCAAAAAAUGUAUCCAAUGGCUAGUUGAUCGCAUUCAUGCCCAUUUUGUUGUGGGAUCUCCACUUCUUGGUUCAGUUCAAACAGUAGAAGCAACACUCUCUGGAUCCACAUUUGGUCUUCCUUUACCUGAGGAAGGGCAUCAACAGAUCACUUGGUAUGAUCAAGCGGUUUAACAUCAAUACACAAGACAACACUUGAUCAUGUUUGAGGAUGAUGUUAUGGUGCUUCUUGAUUUGGUGAAAGUUGAUUCAUGUAUCUUAAUCCCUUCUAAUGUUCCAUUUGUUAUUGAUUAUAUUUUUCAGGUCAAAUUUAGAGAGAUUAUUUGUAUACAUUAUAUUUAUGUAUAAU